AUGUGCGAGGAGGAGGAGAGGCUGCGGCAGGAGCGCGAGCAGGAGGCCGGCCCUGUGGCGGACCCUCCCACCAGUGCCAAGGAGGCUGUGCUGAGCAAGGAGCGGUUCAAACAGCUGGACGCACUGCUCAACCGUACCGGCAUGUACACUCAGUUCCUCACGGAGCAGCUGGCGGUCAUCAGCGAGAAGCCCACCGCCAAAAAUGGCGCGCACGACGGCGUUGGCGGCAGCGGUCAAGAGGGCGAGGAGGCGGAAGGCAGCAGCGACGGCACUGUGCGCAAGGGCAAGGGCAAGGCCGCAAAGCGCAAGGGGGGCAAGGGCGCUGGCCAGGCCAGCAAGCGCCAGAAGAAGGAUGUGCAGGACGACGCCCCCUCUGAUGGUGUUAGCCCCACCAAGCCAUGGCCCUGUCCUGUGAUCGCAUAUUUGCUCAUUUAG